AUGGCUAUGAACAAGAAGGUGGUGGUGUUCAUCAUGGGAGCCACCGGAUCGGGAAAAUCGAAGCUAUCUGUCAGCCUAGCCGCCCACAUUGGAGGAGAGAUAAUCAACUCCCACAAGAUUCAGGUUUACAGAGGGCUUGAUGUUCUGGGUAACAAGAUUCCUGAGGUCGAGAAGCUUGGCGUGCCUCAUCAUUUGCUUGGGCAUGUUGGGAACCCCGAUGAAGAAUACACUGCCCGCCACUUUUGCUUCCAGGCCACGUCGGUGAUUGAGCGAAUCAUCAACUCCGGCAAGGUUCCGAUCGUCGUGGGAGGGUCAAAUUCUUUCAUUGAAGCCCUGGUGGAGGACCCUGACUUCAAGUUCAAGUCCAACUACCACGGCUGCUUCAUUUGGCUGGAUGUUUCUCCAAAUGUUUUGAACACUUUUGUGUCCAAACGAGUUGACCAAAUGGUUAAUCAAGGUCUGGUUGAUGAGGUACGAGGAAUCUUUGCUCCCGACAAAGAUUACACAAAGGGUAUUCGAAAAGCCAUCGGAGUUCCUGAAAUGGACAAGUAUCUGAGAGCUGAAGCCAGCAAAGACAUGUCCGAGGCUGAGAAGAAGGCGCUGCUUGAAUCCGCCAUUGCUGAAAUCAAGACCAACACCAUAGGCUAA